AUGGUUUUUGCACACUUAAAUAAUAAACACCCGCCCCUCAAGGUUAGAUCUGUUGUGCAAGCAAAUGCGAUUCGACAUAAUUUACUAAAUGGAAGAAAAGGUCAAGAUGUACUCACUGCAGAUCAAAAAAUAGCAUUUCGUGAAGUAUUUGACUUAUUUGACAGCAACGGAGGAGGCACCAUAGACGCAGAAGAGCUCGACGAAGCUUUAAAGUCAGCCGAUAUUCACCUUUCAACAGAAGAGAUUGCCGAUGUAUUGACAAGCAUGGAUAAAGACGGAAAUGGGGAGAUUGAUUUUGAAGAGUUUUUACAACUGAUGACAAACACAGAACGAUUCCUUGAAAGUGUCAUGUUUGUUGACGACCAGGAACGAAAGCAACGAGAAGUGUUAUUAUUCGAUGCUCUCACUCAAUUCAUGAAGAAAUCCGCUUUGCACUCUAUCAAUGAAAUCGUCGGCUACUACCACAGCAAAUACAAGAAAGUGCAAGCGCCUCAUGUCAUUCGUCAUUAUGCAGACGGCGCGCGACUUAUUGGGCUUUCUGAGCAACAGAUUCGACGGCAUUUAGAUCGUUUGCGUGAAUCGUCGGUUGAUAACAAAAGUCCGUACGCUCAACCACCAUACGCUUUGUUUGUGAAUUCGAAAGCCGCAAUAAAAAAGAAGAAAAUAACACCGGAUAAACUUGCACCGAUUCCGGAAAACGAUGCUCCACCACAGCUAAUACAGAAUUCCAAAAUAUCAGAUAAUCUAAAUAUGUUAGUUCCAAGUUGUGGUGGGCGAGGAAAAAUUCGAUUAAAAUUCGUCAUCAACGAAAAACAGGAAAGAAAGAGCAACAACAAAUCCGACAACUUACGAGAAACACAACAAACAUCAAUGAACAGUUCUGUUCGACACGAAGCCAAGGGAAGAAAAAGAUACAACGGUUGGGUGUCUCAACGAAUCACAACCACACAAAUACAUCUACCAGUUCUUACUGCUGAGUUGAUCAAACGGCAAGUGACGCAGGAGAAUAAGAUUUGCGAAGAUUUUCGAAAGAGCAAAAUAUUAACUUUUGAUGAUAUGUCAGCUAUACGUCAUAGGGUUGGUAAUCUUGCAAAAGCUUAUUACGAGAGAAUUCAAACGGAAAAAUGUGUGAAGGCGUCGCGACAUUGGGAAUCACUGGCUGUUGAGGAGAUGCCGUCUUUGAGCAUGCGUCACGCCUAUCAUCGUGUGUUUAAAGCCUACGUUAACUAUCAUAGUAUGCCAGUUUCAUCUUUGUGUUCAAGAUCGCUAGCUUGAUGUAAUAAUUGUGUACUAAGAAUAUAAAAGUUGCUUAUAA